CCGCGUAGCCUCACCGCUGUCGGCUUCGAGGGCUUUCGGCGGCGAGAUGAACGCCGCACGCUGGCUCUCGUUGCUGCUCGCAGCGCCGCCGACGCUCGGCUUCUACCUGCCCGGCGUCGCUCCGCAUGAGUACCUCGACGGUGAGGCGGUCGAGAUCAAAGUAAAUCAGCUCUCGUCGCCUCGAACUCACCUGCCGUUUGACUACUAUGCACUGCCACAUUGCCGGCCGGAGACGCUCGAGUCCAAAGCCGAGAACCUCGGCGAGGUCCUGCACGGCAGCAAGAUCCAGAACUCGCCGUUCGCGCUGCAGAUGGGCAAGACGGCGUUCCGCGUCCUCUGCCGGGUGGAGCUGACCGCACACGACGCGGCCGUCUUUGGCGCGAGGAUCGCACAGGACUACCGCGUGCAGAUGAUCAUGGACAACCUGCCCGCCGCGACGCGGAUUUUGACGGAACAGCCCGACGGCAUCGCUCUCACCACCUACGAGCGCGGCUAUCCGCUCGGCUUCCUCGGCUCGCCAGAGUUUCCCGGCACCUUUCCCAGCGCGCCGUACAUCAACAACCACUUACGGCUGAUCAUCAAGUACCACCAGGAGCCCGACCUCUUCCAGGGCUCGCGGAUCGUCGGCUUCGAGGUGGAGGCCCUCUCGGUCGCACACAGGUACGAGGGCGAGUGGCGAGGUCGAGAUCAACCGAGAUCGCCCCGAGAUCGCCCCGAGAUCACUGCGCUAGCACAGGUGCCGGCGGAGGCAGGGCGGCGGGUCGGCCGCCGGCGGGUGCGAGGUCAUCUUCACGUACGAGGUCACCUGGGAGGAGUCGCCCGUCCGGUGGGCGUCGCGGUGGGACCUGUACCUCUACAUGGGCGACGACCAGGCGCCAGGUCGGGCCCCGCUCGUGCACUGGAUCUCGCUCGUCAACUCGCUCGCGGUCGUGCUGCUGCUCACGGGCGUCGUCGCGAUGAUCAUGGCACGCACGCUGCGGCGAGACCUCAACAGGUACAACUCGCUCUCCGACGUCGCGGACGAGCGGGAGGAGCUGCUCGAGGAGUCUGGCUGGAAGCUGGUGCACGCAGACGUGCUCCGGCCUCCGCCGCGGCCGCUGCUGCUCUCGGUCUCCGUCGGCACGAGUCCAACUGGGCAUGCGUGAUGCGCUUCGUGGGGACGGGCGUGCAGCUGCUCUGCAUGUCCUUCAUCUCGAUCGCUUGCGCGCCGCUCCGACUCGUCUCGCGCGCGCUGCUUGGCUUCCUCUCGCCCGCCAACCGGGGAGGCCUGCUCACCGCCACGCUGCUGCUCUUCGUCCUGAUGGGCGUGCCCGCCGGCUACGGCGCCUCGCGCACCUUCAAGUCCCUGCGCGGCGUCGAAUGGAGAGCGCUCACGCUGCUCACCGCCACCGCCUACCCCGCCGCCAUCUUCGUCGUCUUCACGCUGCUCAACCUCGCCCUCUGGUCGCACGGCUCGACCGGCGCCGUGCCCGCCGGCACCUUCGUCGCGCUCCUCGCCAUGUGGUUCUGCGUCUCGCUGCCGCUCGUCUUCGUCGGCGCCUUCCUCGGCUUCAAGCGGCCGCUGCCCGCCCCGCCAACGCGCACAAACGAGAUCCCGCGGCAGAUCCCUCCGCAGGGGUGGUUGUUGGGCCGCGCCGUCACGAUGGCGGUUGGCGCCGUCUUCAUCGAGCUCUUCUUCAUCAUGACGUCACGCUUCUACUACGUCUUUGGCUUCCUCGCCCUCGUCCUGCUGCUGCUCGUCAUCACUUGCGCCGAGAUUUCGAUCGUGCUCUGCUAUUUCCAGCUCUGUGCCGAGGACCACGCGUGGUGGUGGCGAGCCUUCCUCAACUCGGGUGCCGCUGGACUCUACCUGCUCGCCUACUCGGGCAUCUACUAUUGCACGCAGCUCGAGAUCAGCGGCUUUGUGCCGCUUCUGCUCUACGUCGGCUACAUGGCCCUCGCCUCUCUACUAUUCUUCCUCAUCACCGGGACCGUCGGCUUCCUGGCGUGCUGGUGGUUUGUCUGGACCAUAUUCGGCUCCGUCAAGGUGGACUGA